GUUUGUUCGUCAGUUUGCCAGGACGUCCACGCAACCUGAAACAAUAGUUGCGUCGUCUCAGUGAAAGUGAGAGGUUAGGGCAGCCCAGGCGUAGACCAGUUUUUGUGAUGGUAGCGUCAGUCGCCGUCAAGAUGUUGGCAGCCGUGGUUCUGUGCUGUGUGAUGACCGCUGUCCUGGGACGACCCUAUGAUCCUGAUGAUCCAAACCUACAGUCAGUUCUGCCCAGCAAGGACACCGCCUUCGAGGCCUUCUACCCUCGCGAGGCUUACGGCGUUGAGAACGGCAAUUCUCGUCCCAGCCACGGCCAUGCUUCUUUCUACCAACACCGGCAUCCCGCUCUGGUGGACACCAACAACAGUCCGGCCUACGGGUUCAGGUUCGACGGUAAACGACGCUUCAACUUUGACGAUGAGGAGGACUAAGCGACAAUAAACGCUUCAA